CAAACGUGUCCCUGUAUUCAAAGAAAAAGGGAAAUCAUAAAGUCUUCUGCAUGAAAUGGAGAAACAGCCUGCACACACAGGUCCAGGAAGUAGCUAACCCAAGGCCAGGUGAUCAGCAUUGCCUCCGAUUAGACUCUGAAGAAGCAACAGUAGCAGUAGCAACAGCAGCAGCAGGAAAAGGAGGAGAGCAGCAAGGCCCCUACACGAGCCAAGUAAAAUACAAGGACUGCCCGUCACACAAACCUGGGUGGAAGAUCUCUAUCAUGUUCAGCAGUUGUGCUCCCUGCUCAAGACUCCGCGUCUUCGUGCUGAUCUGUGCAGCUGUCAUGACGUUUAUCACGUAUUCAGAUGGCGCAAGAGCCAGUUCCACGGCAGCUAAAGGACAAAACGGAGCCGGGGGCAGUGUCCUGAGACGAGCGUACGCUCCACACAGCCGCCACCGUCCCUCCUCCGUUGCCACACUAUCGACGGAAACUGGAACUAAUAGCGAAACCAAGACGAGCGGGAGUGUUAGGGAAACCCCGUCAGUCACUGACUAUCCAUCAAACCCGCUUCUGUUCGCACAAGGAAGCUUCAGCUUCAGCCAAAGAGGCCUAGAUAACAGAGAGUAUCAAGGGAGAGUAACCAAAGAGCGGAGAGGUCACGGUGUGGGCGGAGAGAGGCCAACGAGCAGCGUUUUCACAGGCCGCCCCCAGCAAGAAGGAGCAUGGCAGCCUAGACAUAAUAACCAGCAAGUAGCCCCGACUGGGAAUUAUUAUAGUUCAAACUCAGGGAUUAUUAGAAAAUCAUCUCCAAGAGAAGGUGGAAGCCCGCUUCAUCAGAGCUUUUCUCAGAUUUGGGAUCACGAAUAUGCCAAGAAUGAAGUUCCUCAGGUGGUCUAUCCAGUAGUCGCUGAAGGUGAAUCCACUGUUAGGAAGUCUUUUCAUUCUUCUCUCUUCCCAUCUCAGAACGGCGCACUCUGGAGUCGGCCCGCUCAGAGAGGCCAUUACAGCGCCCGCGAGGAGACAAAUGUUCUUCCCGCGGUCGGGCCGUGGAGUACAUCGAGCGGGAUUCAAUCAAGCAAAUAUCCCAGCUUCUCGAGUCGUCCUGCCCCUCGCGAGGCAUCAAUCAGCGGCGGCUCGGAGGCGUCCGCUAUUAAAAGAAACCCAAGGCCAGAAAAACUGAGGUCAUCCAUCACGGAGAGCAGCGGGGAGACGUUAGGACAUAAAAGGGUCCAGUCGUAUCUCUUCAAGGACUCCCGGACUUCGGUGAAUACGGUGACGGGUGAUGGACGAGAAGCUUCAAGAGGACAGAGCAAUGUGGCCGCAACGCCACAUAAGCAAAUUGCUGCUGGAGUUUACAGCAGGUUAGAGUCUGGCAGGAAAAAUAACGACGUGCUGUAUCAUGACGCCCGUGUCCCACAGCACGUUAGCCGGACAGAAACCGAAUAUAAACCCACCCUCAGUUUAAUCCCUCCUCGGCACACCACAGCGCAACCUCCCACUCGACUGCCUCUGCUUCCUGUUACAGUGAAAAGCAACGAUGGGCAAAGAUUUGUCCACACGCCUCAUUUCCGGGAUACCUCAAGCAGCGAGAAAUCUGCCCCGGGCGGUCGAGUUGAUACGACUACGAGGAGGUUUGUGCAAGACUCCAAACAAGGACAAUCAGCAAAAAGCAUCUACGGCCUCAGAGGGUUCAAAAAGCCUCUGAGGAAAGCUGCGAAGGAGCCGUCGGGUUCUAAAGAGAGCCCUCUGCGACACAGCUUUGAUAAAGGAAAGGACUACGCGUUUAAAAUUACAAACCGGUUCCCGUCUUUGUCGGCAAAGUACAGCUUUGGCCAAAGAGGAGCACCUCCCACGACCGCAGCGCCGCCAGAUCUUCAGAGGACGCCCGAAGUUCAUCCCUCACCUUCUCCUGGAAUCCAAAUCGCAACCGUUUCCACUCCCCGGCCCCUCACAUCUGGACUCAAGCUGCCAGAACAUGACGCAGGUAUGAACGCAAGCCUCAACCACAAACCUUACAGGGUCUACAAAAGAAUUUAUGGCCUGAAAGGAUUUAACGUUCGACCACUUGAGGGAGCCAAAACCUCAGAACCAGACGUGUCCGCUGCACUCCACCAAGGCCUCAAACUCAGCAGGGCGCAGGCCUGGCAACCGAGAGGAAUUCCCACGCCGAGCGAUCGAGCAGGUGAAACAAAGCCAGAUAGCGACAGUUUAUCAGGAGUGAGCGAAAGCGAGGCCAGCAGUGAAGACCUUAAACCUCCCCUAAAGGCUGCAGGCAGAUCUCCGUCCCUCAGAACAUUCACACCUGAGUACCCCCUUUAUGGAUUUCUGCCCGUCAACAACCAAACUACACAUGCUCACAGCAAAAAACAGUGGAAGUAUUCACAGAGGAGGCCGGGCGUAUUGUCUUCAGCUCAGCUCAAAUCAACAGCGAGCCCCAAAGCCGAAACAACACCUGAGCCGAGAACAACUAGAAAGUUCGCUGCGAUGAAGGCGACCCUGCUCAGAUCGUCCACGAGCAGAACGGUAAGAGGGAAGCGCGUGAAGGCGAAACACGCCGGCAGCAAAAACCUCAACGGAUCCGCAGGUUAUGACACCGGAAACUCGGCCAUUGUCAGGCUCCCCCAGCGCCCGGCCGGAGUCAAAGCCGUCACAUACUCUGACAUUGUGGGAAGUGCUUCGUUCAGCAGCGUCAGAGCUGAAAACCAGGCGCCGGUCACAUCAACCGAUGAGGUUUAUUUCCCAAACAGGACUGCCACGGACAAGGUAAACGGAAGCCUCGGUAACUGGACCUUAAACCCUGAUGAUGGCGCACAGGGUGUGAAAAACACAAGCAAGAAUGUUGGAGGGGUCAAGGAGGACGAGCAGAGGACGAGCGAAGAAGCAGGCGAUGAACUUGAAACGUCAGGUUUAUUCCUAGACAACGAAGGAAGCGGAGAUUUUAAUGACGCUUCGUCGAGUGUCACGGGAGGUCGGGACGGCGGAGAAGACCUGUCGGAGCUGGAGUACCUACGGAUAUCGGCUGGGAACGUCUCCUUCAAGUCAGUGAGACGGUCUCAUCCGGAUGAAACCACAGACACGAGCUGAAGCGUUCCAAUAAAAGCUGGAAAAAAGUA